GCCCAAGAAAGUAUCGCACAGGCUCGCGUUGAAAUGUCGGUGGCAGUGUUGUGACGGGGUACUGUAUGUGUGUAGCUGUCAGGCAGUGCGCGUGUGUAGAUGUGGCAGCUGUGUACAAGCUAGCAGAAGUGAGGCGAUAUACAAGGUGUAUGCGAGAUAUUUAAUGGAUUUAAGGUUUCGGUACUGAUGAAUAAUGUUCGUUUCUGUUCAAGGAAAUUAAUGUAAGGAGUCACAUGUUGAAUCGGAAUUUAUAACCUCGAUCCUAAGAUGAUAUUUAACACGAUUAAGUGGUGGUGUUUGAAAGCGUCAAAGAGCCUUUCAAAUAGUUCUACGAAAAGAUUGACCGAAAGAAUGAUUUCAAGCAAGUGAACUGCAAGCAAGACUAUGGGAACAUCUAUGAAAUGUGUCUCACUAGCCUAUAUCAACUAGACAGUUAUAAAUUCCUGUUCCAGACAUGCCUAACAGACUAGAUUGAUUACUUAGUCAACUUUCUUAUUGAUACAUUACUAAGUGAUAGACAUCAUUAAUAGCCUAUAAGUUCUGUUUUAUCGAAUGGAUGUAUUUAUGUUCAACCUUCACGUUCACCACUCAGUGUAGCGCUACUUACAAGUGAUAUCAAGCACUACACGCAUGAUUGAGAUUCAACGGAUUAUUAUCAGCUUAUUGAAACGUGACUGUUGAUUGAUUACUUGGGACGCUCUUCACAAAAGUAUUGUUCCAUUGAAACCAGAUUUAUUUCUUCUUGUUGGUGGUGUUCAAAGAAAUGGCCAGUUAAGACGUUUGGAUUAUUAGCCUGCUUCUCGGACAUGGCCUUGAAGACGUUCGUUUGACUGGGGCUAGUGGCUAGUUAACAAAGCCAUGACUACAAAAGUGAUUUAUUUUUUGGUCAACGGUAAAGAGGAAGCGGCAGAGUUCACUAGCGAUGAUGACGUAGAAGAUGUGAGAGAAACUUUCCGAGCAGCUGCUGAAGCUGGACCUGCAGAUAUUCUCAAGUUAUACAAUACAAGAAAAAAUUUGGUGAAUAUAUCUCCCAAGUUACCAGAAAACACACCAACUUCUCGUUACAGGCUUGAAGUUGUAGCUGCUGAUUGCAGUUUUCUAUCACUUCAUAUAUUUACAGAUAAAAACGGUUUACUGGGACCACCUAGUGGUACUGUGGACAUCACUGCAAUAGAUCAACGGCUGUCAGCAUUAGAAAAGAAAGUCUAUAUAGAUAAUGGUGAAAUGCCAGAUUCUUUGUAUGAUCUCAAAACCAAAGUGGAUCAUUUUAAAGAAAAACUAGAGAAUGUAGCUCACCUAAGCUGGUUAGGUUUAUCCAAAGAUUUAUCCAUUGGAAUGUCACAGCCAUUUUGGCAUAAAAAGUCUUCACCAAGAAAAAUGGAGGCUCACCAUCGACGUGUGUAUGAACGUUUUAUGAAAUUUACUAAAGUCCAUGUAAGUGAUGAAGUGAGACUAGAAUUAAGAAAACAAUCUUUUGACAACUGGCAGUGGGAUGAUCCAGAAAUGUUGAUACUGUUACGUCAGAUGUACAUAGAUUUGAAUUUAAUAUCUAAACUUAAUAUUGAUAUAAAUGUGCUCCAUGAAUGGCUCUAUGAAGUUUAUCGUAACUACAAUGUGGUACCAUUUCACAAUUUUAAACACUGCUUUAUGGUAGCUCAGAUGAUGUAUGGUUUAACUUGGCUUAUAGAUCUACCAUCAAAACUGGAUACUUUAGAAAUAUUUACACUUCUAACAUCAGCUAUCUGCCAUGAUCUUGACCAUCCUGGAUACAAUAAUGCUUACCAGAUAAAUGCCAAAACAGAACUUGCAUUACGCUACAACGACAUAUCACCUCUAGAAAAUCAUCAUUGUGCUGUUGCAUUUGAUAUUCUUAAGAAAGACAAAUGGAACAUAACAAAAGAUUUCACAAGAGAUCAAUUUAAAAGAUUCAGGGAUGGUAUGAUAAGAUGCAUAUUAGCAACAGAUAUGGCCAAGCAUAAUGAGAUACUCAACUCCUUCAAAACAAUUAUACCUCACUUUGAUUUUAAUGAUAAGGAACACAAAUCAGUGCUGAUGAUGGUUCUCAUGAAGGUUUCUGACAUUUCCAAUGAGGCUCGUCCACUUUCUGUGGCUAUGCCAUGGCUUGACUGUUUAUUAACUGAAUUUUUUAAUCAGCUUAUGAUGAUCUUGAUAAAGGUUGCAGACAUAUCCAAUGAAGCCCGGCCUAUAGCAGUGGCUGAACCUUGGUUAGAAUGUUUACUGCAAGAAUUUUUUAAUCAGAGUGAUCUAGAAAAGUUGGAAGGUUUGCCUGUAGCACCUUUUAUGGACAGAGAAAAGGUUUCCAAAUCCUCUUCCCAAAUUGGUUUCAUUAAGUUUGUUUUACUUCCAUUGUUUGAAACUGUUGGAAAACUUUUCCCACAGCUUGAGGGUGCCAUUAUUGAACCCGUGAGAGAUGCUUUGGCUUACUAUACAGAAAUGCAAAGAGCAUUAGAGGAAGAGAAAGCUAAAAAAGACUCAUUAUCAGAAAGUGUGGAAGGUGAUAAAAAUGGUUUAUUGCCAGCCAAAGCUAACAACAUAGAAGAUAAAGAGCAAGCUAUUAAACAAUCUAUAAAUCACUUAGAGGAAAAAGAGCAAACUAAUAAACAAUCUUUUCUUGGCAAUAACCUAUCACUGACUCACAAUAACUCCUCCAACCUUCGACAUGGGAGUUUAUGCAAAUUAACAUCAAAAAAUUCGAUAGAAAUUGAUAAAUCAACAUCCUGAUUAGUUACUUCUUUGGAAUUUAAGAUCAGUAUAAAAAAAAGAAGAAAAUAGUUUUUUCUUCAAACAAAAGUCAAAACUUUUCCUGAAAUCAGCACUUAAUAAGCAAUAAGGAUUGAUACCACACUGUUGUAAAUGUGAACCAUUUCAUGAUUCACUUUCAGAGUUUACCAGUUGUUUAUCAUAUUCCCAAGUGACUUGAUUAGUGUUGCUUUAAUCAUUUACUGGAUGUCUUUUCUCAGACCUUAAAAUUUUGACAUUUUUUUCUUUAUUGCUCUAUGAAAAAAAAUUAUUUUGGGAAAAGUGUUAAAACUAUAUAUGAAAACAAUUGUUAUCUGUUAUGAAAAACUUCAAUGUUAAAAAUAAUUUUUUCUCUUAAAUAAAUGAAAAUAGUCAUCAUUGUAUAUAUUGGUGAACAAUUACCACAAAUAUUACAUAUUGUAUAUAUAUAUAUAUAUAUUAUGAUCUUCCACUUACAACAUUAGCUGGUUUAGUAUUGAAGAUAUAAGAAUGAAUCUUGUAAUAAACUGAUGUUAUUCAAUUUCCAGUUGCUCAAAUUAGUAAAAUGUACUUACAUCAGAAUCUGAUGAUUUGUGUACAUGACAGGGAUUCAGUGCUCUCAGUACAUCUACAAUCUAAUGGACCUCUAAAAGCUUAUAUUUUAAUGCAUGAAGCUAAUACUCUAGGUGCAUGAACACUUGCUUAUUCUAGUGGAACAUUGCAAUCCAUUUCAUGUUUUGCUUUUUUACAAAGCUUAUAUCAACUUGCUGUCUGUCUGUCUGAUACAAAUUUUGUACACAUUAUUUUCCCCACUUCCCAUUGAAGUUGAAACUUUGCACAAUUAUUCAUUGUCCCUAAAAACACAUGAAGCAAUAGAAAAAUUGACCAAUUAUUUUUAUCAAUUACUCAUUAUUAAUUAAUUCUGUUUUAUAUAGAGACACUGCUAGCUUAAAACUAAUAAUAACCUUCUAUUUUCAUAAGUAUAUCAAACUUAGUGGCUGAUGUGUUGGCCUUCCAUUAAGGAGGCUUAAACCCUCAAGUUAGAAUCAAGUAGAGAACUUUUUAAAAAAUUGCUUUUGAAAAGCCACAAGUGAAUGGACCGUAGCGCAUGGAGCAUGGUAAAAGCAAGUAAUUGCUCAAUACAAAAACACUUGGUAAAAAUAUUUCCAAUUGCACAGAUUUAUUAUUUUUAGUCUAUAACUAUUACAAAUUAAUUACAUGAUUGAUUCAAAAUAAUUAAUGCAAUCACACUUUAUAUAAGCUUUUUUUUUUUUUAAAUUAUUUUUAAAAUUGUAGGCUACUUGUUUUUUUAUUUCUCAAAGAAAUGUCAACAUGAUCUUUAAAAUAUCACUACUUAUUAAUAAUAUUUACAUUAAUUCUUAAUGGCUUUCAAAAUUAUUUCAUCUCUUGAUGAUUAUUUUUGUUUAAUGGAUGCCUAUAUUUUUGUUCAAGACGUUAUUCUUUACUAGACUUCACAUAAUCACAUACACUAUGUCAUAGUCUGUUGCUUGGAUGUUCUCGUUACUGGCUAUUUUGAUGGUGGAUAGCAAAUUGUACACAAGCUUGAGGAGUCUCACUGGUCCUUCUGAUAUCUUUGGCUACUAAACCUUCAUGUAACUAUGGUGUUUCUUACAGUACUCUUGUUAGGAACUGUUUUAACUCCAUAAAUGGGUGAUUGUACAGUUAAUAGAGAAAUAUCCUGGCAUAUAUGUAACUUCUGUAUCAGAGUCCUCUGGAUUCUUUUUACUUUAUUGAGAGAAUUAUAUUUCUACUAUAUCUAUAGCCCCUGAUCAAAGAUGAGCACAAUCUCAUUUCAAGUCUAAUCAUCACUUGGAAAAGCUGACUGCACUGAAAACACAUGUAUUGCUUUUUCUCUUAGAUUUUUUUUUAUCUUAGUUCUUUGCAUAUUGUUGUUCUAUUUGCCUUGAGGCUUGAUACAUCAACAUUCAGUGCUCCACACCAUGUCAUGGGUGUCAAUUCCACAUUCCUUAAGGGAGCUCUUAAGAGUAUGUCUUGUGCUGAUCCCAUGAAGUGAUUGCACAGUCUAUGGUAAAAGUGUGAAGAAAUGUAUUCUUUUCAAUAGUGUAUUAUUCAUUGACAGUAUUUUUAAGUGUAAUAAUAUAAAGAGAAAUUGUUUUAUGCAAGUGUGCAUUUGAAUAUUUGUUUCUUUAAGUAUAUCAUCAUUUUGUUAGUAAUCAUUAUUGCAUUAAAUGUAAUAUUUUAUUCUGUAAAUUAUCAUGCACUCAGUUGUUAUUUUAUGUGCAACUAUGUGUGUAUACGGUUUCCAUCAGUUGAGAAUAUAGGAAUGUAAUACACCUUUGUAAUUUUAUUUUGUUUAUAUAGGUAACUUUAGUAAUAAAAUUAGCAUUAAUUUAAUAGAAAAUGUCAUAGUAAUAAUCAGAACAUGACAUCUUAAUUUUAUAGAAAGUGAGAUGACAGCUACAAGAUUCUUCACUCUUGGGUAAACUUGCUUACAAAGCAACUAUGCUAUCCACCAACAAGAAUACAAGUGACAAGAGAAUUCAAAUCAUAGACUAAAUGCUAACAUUUAGGAAAGCAUGGCAUCAAACUAAAUGAGUCCAACCAUUUAAAAAUUUUUAAAAUCAUUAAACAAAGUUAUCUCCACACAGAUAAGGAAUUCAUUUGAUAGAAAUUCAACUUAAUUUGAUUCUAUUAUUGUUUAAAAAUUAUCAAUAAUUUUAAGCAUUGUUUGUAUUUUUUAAAUCAUAUCUUUAGUUUGUAGACAUUAACUUAGCUUUGUUGUUUUUCAUCAUCUAAAGAUUGGCUGAAACUACCUCAUAUAUUUUAACUUGUUUAUAAGCAUUUGAUUUUCUUAAGUCUAAACAAAUAUACGUUUUACUUCAUUUAGUUAAUUAUUUUUUUUAAUUUAUGUUUUACUAGAUUAGUACUCAGACAAUAUAAACAAUAAAGUUAAAAAUGUGUAAAACAUAACAUGUAUUCCAUAUGAGAUGUGAUUUUCUGAAAGCUAGUUUGUCAUUUUGGAGCACAUGGAAACCUGAUAAUAUGUAUCUGGCCACCAAAAUAACAAUAAUUGAUGAUUUUAGAGAGGAAGAAGAAACCAGGGUAAACAGAGAAAAGAGCUAUGUUCAGGGAAAAAUUUGCCAAAACUCUAUGAAUGUAAAACUGUCUAGUAGUUGUCAUUUAGGUAAAACUGUUUCAAAGAUGUUUGUACGCCAUGGAUGUAUUGUUGUUUAGUCAGCUAUUUGUAUUAACAGGUAUGUCCAUGAGUCCAUUAAAUUAAGGUUGUGCAUAAAGCUUGAAGCAGAUUAAUGGGGGCAUAAAAAAAGAUGGUGGCCUGAAACAAAAGUUAAGAGCAUGAGACUUUCAGUUUUUGGAUGUCUCCUACACCAUGUGCUGCUUGAGAUAUGACACUUCAUUUAUUCAAUAUGUGUAUGGUGGCAUUUCUGGUCAAGUUAAUGUUUCAUUUUCUGUGCACAUAUAUUUUCAAAAAGGCAUAAAUUUUAAUGAUAAAGUAUAUUUUUAAAGGAGAAUUUCUUUAAAACAUUGGCAUGAUUUAAUCUCCCAUAACAACUAGCUGAACCUUUCCAAGAUAUUUUUUCUACUUCAUUACUAAACCAUGAGAUACCACCUGUGUGGAAGUCAUCUAUAAUUGUACCUGUGCCAAAGGUUUCCAAACCAAAGGAAAUGAAUGACUAUAGACCUGUUUCACUUACUUCCAUUGUGUCUAAAUGUUUAGAAAAAUUGGUUAAAAUGUUUCUUCUGAAUGAUCUUUGUAAUAAGUUAGACCCUUUACAAUUUGCUUACCAAAAGGGUAAAGGUGUAGACGAUGCCAUCCUAAAUAUUUUAAACUGUGUCUACAAACAUCUGGACUUACCGAACACUUAUGUAAGAUUGCUCUUUAUGGAUUUCUCAUCAGCUUUUAACACUAUACAACUUCAUUUACUCAUUGAAAAGAUGAAAGCGUUGCAGAUUAGUCCAUACAUAAUACUAUGGGCUAAUGAAUUUUUGACCCAGAGAGCUCAGAGGGUUAGGGUAAACAAUGUUAUAUCUAAUGAACGCAUAGUUAACACAGGAGCGCCCCAGGGGGCUGUAACAUCGCCAUUGUGGUUCAUUUUGUACACCAAUGAUUUUCAAUCCGAUAGUUCUUGUUGCUCCUUCACAAAAUUCGCUGAUGAUGCGGCUCUUCUUGCCCUGCUCUCAGAGAGCUCAGACGUAAAUGAGUAUUUCAAAGAACUAGAACACAUUGAGGAAUACUGUAAAGAUAAUUUUUUAUUAUUAAAUGUAAAAAAAAACAAAGAAAUGAUAAUCGAUUUUCGUAGGGACAAGAAGGGAAAUGAUAUUGUUUCUGUAGCUGGAGAGACUAUUGAAAUUGUGCAAACCUUUAAAUACCUUGGUACUAUCCUAGACAAUAAACUAAAUUUUACUGCAAAUACUGAUUAUAUCAGCAAAAAAGGGCAGCAAAGUUAACUACUAAGAAAACUGUCCUCGUUUAAUGUUAGCGAAAAGGCCUUGGCUAUGUUUUAUCACGCUCACAUCUGCAAUAUUUUAAGUUUCAAUAUCACUGCCUGGUAUGGCAAUCAUGUUAAUAGUUUUCUGUUAAUAGAAAAUACAAAUGAAUUUUUUUUUAAAUGCUACAAAAACUUAACUUAGGAAGUAGUUGUUAACAAGUUCACACAUAAGAAGAAUGUUUAUAUUAAACAACAAACUUGACUCAAAGACUUUAUUGAACUUUGAAAAUUAGAUCUUCUGUAUUUAAGACAACUCUUAGGUAGAUGGAGGGUCAGAAAUGUACAGAAAAAUAAAAUAAUUGAAAAAGUGUUGCUUUUUUUUUUUUAAUUUUGAAACAUAUGAAAGGAAAAUGAAAAAAAUUUUUUUUUUUAAAUUCCAAGACUUAUUGUUUAACAUACCGGUAUUUAAACUUUAAAAAAAAAUGUAAGCAUACUCAAAUGAAAAUUUAAUAAACAUUUUUAUCAAAGAUAAAUUAAAUUAAAUUAAGUGCAAUUUUAUGUGUGUGUAUAUAUGUGCAAAACUUCACUAUUUUCUUUUAGUAGAAAAAAAGGACUGUUCAUCAUUGGAUAAAAUAAAACUGAUCCAGUUUUGAAAAAUUGAGAACCUAGUAAAUAUUUAUAGAGAGAAAAGUUUUAAAAAAUCUUUUUUUUUUGUUGUUGUUGUACAUCAUUUCUAACAUAAACAAGUAAUUUAUUUAGUCAAGAUUUUCAAAAAUUAUGAAUUUGCAUUAAUAAACUUGCAUGCUGACUAAAUGUUGAAUUUUUUUUAUUCAAUAGUCUUAUAAAGUGAUAUUGGUUGAUAUCCAUUUGAUGAGAUUACAUUAGAUAUGUUUUGGAUACACAUUAAAUAUUCUUAUUUAGGAUAUAAUCAACCUGCCAUCAUAGCUUCUAUAUUGACUUGGUAAUACACAAUUAAGCACGAAUUUUUUAGUGUGAAGGGCUUAAAUAUUUUGAAGAUAAUAAUGAAAGUUGUAACUACUCCACAAUUAUUAUAGUGUGAUAACAAUUGUUUGAUGAAUAUCUAAGUUUGAUCAUUUUUUUUCAUAAGUAAGAAUAACUCUACCACAUGAUAAGCUAUGUGUAAUGACAGACUAGAUAUAUUACUUUUAUUUUACAACAUUCAUUUAUUUAAUGUGAAAAUUGAUACAAAUUGUUUUAAUAUUAUGAUAUGAAAUGUAUUGAAUACUGUAUAAAAUAUUUGUGUCAUAUUUUUAUUUGUAUUAUAUUCAUGUUUUUAAAUUACUUCAAUUUGCAUGAAAUAAUCUCAACCUCAAACUGUCUCUUUAGAAUAAUGAAUACUACAAUUGAAAAAGAAAAGUGAAAUGAGUUAUAUUCAAUUAUAUUUAGAAUCUCAAAUGUCUUUUAUUUAUUCAAUCUACUAAUUAAUAUUUUUGUACAUCUGCAAAUCUGUAGAACUUUCACUUCUUCCCUUUAACAUUAAAUUAAUGUUUUUUUAGUUCAAUUAUGUUAAUAGUUUUUUUUUUUGUUCUUAUAAUUAGUCUGCAUAGUAAUGUAAAACAUUACAUGCAUCCUUAAUCUUCAGAAUUGAAGACAUUGCCAUUAUAAUUAGUUCACACAGACUAAUGGUUUGUCAAAUAAGCUUAUAGAGAUUUUUUUUUUAUAAUGGCUUGUUGUUUCAAUUAUUUUCAAUGAUUUUGUUAUUACAAUCAGCUUUAUUAUUCAAUGACUCAAUCAACCUGAUGGAUUGACAGUUUUCUUCAGUCAACCUAAUGGUUUGACAGUUUUCUAUUAUUAAAGAAAUUAAAGUGUAUGUCUUUUUUUCUGUAAUUUAAAAUAAAAUCUAUUAAAAUAGUAUCAACCAACCUGCCAGAAUCAGUUUAACAGUGUACAGUUUUCAGAAUUAUGUUUUAUUUUAUGUAUUAUUUUAUAUUAAUAAUAAUAUCUUUAUUAUUCAUGAGGAUAUUUGUCUUACAAUUUGUACAUUAUACAUAAAACAACUAUAGCAAAAAAAAAUUAAAUAUUUGUUCACACUUGUUUCCCUAAAAAAUUACAAGUGAAAUGUUGAUAUCAAAAAGUUGGAUUGUAUUUAAUGAUUUGGUUGCCAGGGCAA